AGGUCAAUAAACGACCUUGACUGAACUAAACUCAAUUGCACGUGAGUCGCUAUAGAUCUGACUCGACUUCAAAGUUGGGCAGAUGACAACAGACUUACCUUUAACACCUCAUAGUGUAAUGUAGUCCACCUGAAACAUGUUGCAGACUACGGUUACAAUUUAGGAAACUCCUCUCUAGAAGUAUCCCAAGUUGAAAGAGAUUUACGAGUAAUGGUACCCUACGAUUUAAAGUCUUAUGCUAACUGUGACCUAAAUGCCUUUCGAGCGAACCUUGCACUGGUAACAUUGAAGCACAUUUUUGGCCGGUUUCAUGGAACGACGUUACACACAAUCUUCAACAGUUUCAUUCGUCUCCAUUUAGAGCCAGCCGAUUUUUCUUUUUCCUCUUUUACCGAUAAUACACCUGGGUUCUUGUCUGGAGUUAUUAGCGACCCACUGCCACUAGACACGGAAGCCCGUUAAGCGAAAUCCAUUCGACAACAACCAUUUGAACCACUUGAGGACUGAGCAGUGACCUUGGCAAUUAUUUCGUCAUAUUGUCAUGGACGGUUUAUGUUUUCUUUGGUUUGUUGUUUGUUAAUGUUGAUGUUUACAGUGUGACUUAAUUGUAUGAAUUUAGUAUAUGGUUGACGGUUGUCACAAUUUACGUCUGUCGGCUGGGAAGCGAAAAUGAGAGUUUAACCAUUUAUUUGUUAUUGUAUUCAACAUUACACCGAAAAAAGUCAGUGAUGAUCAUAGAUUUGUCCAGUCCAUAGUUUUCAUCUGUUAUCUGCAAGUUCAUUUUAGUCGGAAUAAUGGGACGUGCGGACUUAGUUAUUAUCGGGCAAUUUAGCAUGUGCUCAGAUACAUAUGUACCUGACUUGGGCAAUAUAUAUGGGGGAGUGUAAUACUACACACUUAGUGCUAAGUAGUCGGGAUAGUAAGGAAUAAUUUGUGAUGGUAAUUAACAACUGGUUUCUCGGAGUAAGUGUUGGUUGUGUGGGACAUUGGUUUAUUUACGUCGAUAAGACUAUGGCACCAAGCAGCUUUGAUUAAAUGACUUUCAGAACUUUGGAUUUAUGUAAAAUGAGGGCAAAACAAGCUUUGAACAAUCGUGUUUGCAACUGACCGUCGACGUUUGAGAUUUCAUGCCUCACCUCUGUUAAAACCCGUGGCCUUGUGCGCUAUUAAUACAUGACGUAAUGAUACCACCAAUUAGAGAACAGUGACUUAUCAAUCGGACCGAUGACACGUAAACCCGUACGAGCAUUCUAGAGUCCUUGUCGGUUCUUCUUCUUGCCUAGCCCUGUCUUUUGAGUCCAGAACACCAAUCUCAGCCUCUGCGGUAUGAAUCAUGUAUUUCGAACAUACUGGGCUUAUAUCCAAACCGAACAGACCACAUUGUAUCAUAAAAUAGAAAAUAACAUUUCUACAAGAUGUAGCCAAAAGUGGCUGUGAAUGUGGGAGACUAAUUAAUAGACUGAGCAUAACUCAAGAACGGUAAAUCGCAUAAUAAUAGUUCAUGGGUCAAAAUAAAGCGUAUAAUAGGAGGAACAUGAAUAUGCAUGGUUUAGCUACUUAACAAGUAUACAAUAAAAAUAUAUGUGUCGUAUUGGUCCCUAAAGAGUUCUAAAAAGUUGUUUAUUUUCAUUGUUGUUGAAUGAUAUUCUCAGAUCCAAGGGCAACACGACUUUUUCCGUUAAUCUAGAGACGCGUAAUUGAUAGUUUCACAUAUUGGAUGAGACGGGUUAAUUAGAAAAUACAACCAGAAGCAAUUCUUUCAGUAUGUAGUGACGAUUGUUCAGUGCCUAUUGGGAUCACUAAUCGACCUAAAUUCGACAACUAUUGAAAACGUGGGAGCACUGAACAGCCGUUUCACCGCAGUGAGAAAUUGUGACCAGUGUGAGUAAUGUAUACGCAAAAGGUAGUGCAAGAUGGUCGCGCAAUGUCGCUAAUAGCUUGAAGUUAUACUUGCACAUCAUUGAACCACGACUCAGGGGUCGAGGGGUUAAGUAUUUUCUUGCUAAAACUGGGUUCUGUUUCCGGUCUCGAGGUUGUGGAUACGCACUUCAAGAGUUCUAUACUAGGACGAAACGCUCAUAUGGUGCUCCCAAGUUUUCGGUGGUUGUCUAACUUAGGUUCGUGAUUUGAAUAACAAUCCUUCCAGGUGACGCAACUUUCAUUGCUUUGUGAAAAAGUAGAAGAGAAUUACCUCAGAACCGCUACUGGCUCAUAUUGUGAGUCAUAUCUGCUAACGUCUUAACCCACUGUGUUGCACCAUCUCUCAGACCCCAACCAGGAGGUUGUGAUGGACUGAGAGAUGUCAAUCCUGUACAGAUCUCUUUCAUACCUCGGGACCAUGCCACAUAAACCAACCGCUUCUCCACUUUUUUCAAUCGGUCCAAACGUCCCAGAAAUAGAGCACAGUUUGGAUACUCGUAUCAAAUGUCCGAGCCAUCGUGGUCGAUGUUUCAGGAUGGUGAAGCCAAUUGAAGUCAUUUUGCCCGAACAUACGUUGCCAAACCUCUGCAUUAAUAACAUGGUGUUGUGUUUAUACGUAGAACGAUCUCACCAGUCACGCCACCACUAGCACUCGUACAACUAAUCAGAUACACGAACUUUCUGAUUACUUCUAAUUGUUUAUCAAUAGGACUGAGUGCAGACACAGGCGGCUGUCUAUCUUGCAAAAGUACUUGCACUUAGAAGGCCCAAAGCACAUGCCAUACCUACGAACACUGAUUGCCACCUGAUUAAGUGCUGAUUGGAUGGCUUAAAUAUCUUCGCACAGUAAGACAAUAUCAUCAUGGUUGAAGAUCGGGAAAUCUUUCUCUAGGAAAUAGUUCCACACCACCAUUACUUAUCUUCACUAGAGAUGUUUCCAGAAUGUCAUCGAUAAUGAAGUUGAGGAUGAAUAAAGAGAUUGAGCAACCCUCCUUAAUGUAACUGCUUGAACAGCAGAAGUGGUCGCAUGCUCCCACUCUGGUUGAGGUGUUUGUUCGUAUAGCGUUCAACAUGUUAAUCAACUUCUCAUGUACAGCCUUCUUUAACAGACAAUUCCAGAGUGCUAUUCUGUUUAACGAAUCAGUGGAGAGACUGGUAUCAAAAAACAAAAUGGUUGUUGGCCUGUAAUCAGCAUAGCUGUGCUUUCACAUUUGGUAGGGGAUGUAUGUAUAACCAAUGAAUUCACGACCAGAAUGAACUCCAGACUACUCCUUGCAAGUCAAUGUUUCAUGGGUCUUGGAUGAUCUGUGAACCUGGUAACUCACGGUGGUUCGGAAGUUGAAGUUUCUUUCGGACUUUGGCAUCGUCAGGUAGAACAGUCAUCACCGGCCGUUGAGAUUAAGAGUCUGAUGUUUUGAGCGGCAGACUAGAUGAACUGUCUCUUUAGGAACUCUGCUCAUCCUCCAAGACAUCGUUGGGCGCUGUUGACUAGUAUCUCGUCAGCUUUACAUUUCUUUUUUUAGCCCUACCGCCCAAACCGAAUUGGUGUAUAUGAUCACUUCCGCUCAGUCUUCAGGUCUAAAUUUGAAGUUGUUUUGCAGUCAUGUUUUGAAACGUCUCGUGUCAGUGCUUCCUGUAUACUUUUUGCGUUAUUUUUUGGGGUUUCUUGUCAUUUUGUUAUUUAGAUCAAAUUGACGGUUUGCCAAUACGGGGUUUCUUAAAUGUGUUUUUUUCAAGCCACCUAAAAAUAACGGUUUGGCGACCUUUGCAAAAUAUAUAUUGUUUACAUAAUGGACUUCACAGUACCCCGAACAUACUAUACAGAAUGGUGGAAUAUAAAUACACACCGCUGCAAUCAUAUCAACAGACCGCCUGUUAACCAGGAAAUGUAUGGCUACGGUCGUUCUUUUGUUGCCGACUGGGCUCGUACUGGUGCUGUUAGCAUAAGUCAUGUCUCCGAUAAAUUCCAGAUUGAAAGUCAAAUGUCCACGAAGCUGGUUGGUAAACUUCAAUAUUUUCAUAACCCUGUUCCUUUAUUACCAACACACUACUCAUAUUCAUUAUCAGGAACUAAUAAAUCUUCGUUUAAUUAUGAUCAACAACUCGAAGGAGAAGAAAGAGGAAAAAAUAAAAAACUGGUCGAUUCAUCUACUGUUCGGGAUUACGGUUAUGAACAGUUGUUGAACGAUUAUAUUCUAGGUGAACAGGCGUGUGCAGCAUUUUUAUGUGGUAAACUCCAAGGAUUAUUACGUGCCAAUAUUUUCAAGUUUAUGCAAAUCAGUCAUGACAUCAAUGGGAGAAAUGAUGAUGUUAUUGUCGCCGAUGCAAAAUACAAUAAUAUUUCACAUAAUUUUAUUGAACAGUUGUUUGAUAUGUCUGAAAAAGGAUUGAAUGACUGUGAUUCAGUCGAUUCACAGAAUAAAUUAAUUAAAAGAAUACAAAAAUUAAUUGUUUCAGGAACAAAAUCAACAGAUUCUUUUCCUGGAUCUUUAUUAUCGUCACUUAAUCCGAAUUCUACCUCCGGGACUGCUAUUGUUGGUAAUAACCAGCCGUCAACAAAACGACGCCGGCUAACAACAAAGCCAUCCAAAGCGACAAAGGCUACCGCUGUCGAAAUUAGUGAAGGUGUUGAUAUUAGUGCAUCUGGGAAAUCAGAACAGUUACUACCUUGUACUAUUGGUAGACUUCUCUAUCCAGCUCACUCAUCAUUGUCCUCAUCCAUAUCGUCAUCAUCGACAACAUUGUGUGGGUCAGAUAAUUUAACACUUGAAUCUGACUAUAGUAGGCUAUUAGCAUCUUUUGAUCCAUUAGUUAUCAGAUUAGCAAGUCGAAUUGUAAAUCCGAAUUAUCUCGGGAAUGGUUUAUUAUGCAAUGUAAGGGCACAUAACUAUCAGUCGUCUACAAAUCAUUCUGACAUACUUUUAUGGCAUUCACUUCAAACAAAUUCCUUCUGUAUUGGCAAAACAUCGAAUCUGUUGAAAACUAAUAUUCAUGAAUCAAAUCGUUUUUCAGUUAUUCCCAUUCCAUUGACAAAACUUUCAUCUAGAUCAUUUUGUGAGCUUGAUGCAUCUUUUAGUGAGUCAAGUGAGAAAAUCGAUAUAGUCGGUCGUUUAUUACCAACACCGGGCAGUAAGACAAAUGUUGUUCGUAUGCAAAUUAAGAUAAACGAACCGAACAUGUCUAAUUCAUGUAUUGAGAACGUUAGUUUAAUACGUAUGUCAUCAAGUAAUUAUGUUACUAGUAUAUGCAUGAGUCGAUGGAUUCCAGGGGAAUGGUGUAUGGUCGGUAAUUAUCUGGACGGAAAAAAGGAUCGUAGAGCUAGUAUUCGGUUGUAUAAUUCAGAAGAUACUCGACUUCCUAUGUGGUCUGGUCACGUAAAUCUAGGCAAUUAUAUGGAAAAUAUAACAAAGGAAAACUCAUUGUGUUUGGAAAGUAUAGCAUCAUCGUCAUAUAAACAAGAUCCGGUUCAAUCAGAUAUUGAAUCUUAUUGUACAUGUACAUCACGGAAACAUCUACUACACCAGCAUUAUCCCAAUUAUCAUUGGUUACGUGUAGGAUUUGGAAGUUAUCCGGGUGAAUUGUGUCUGACAACCACACGUCGUAUCCUAAUUUUUGACACCCGUACAGCACCAUCAUGUGCUUACCAACUGUUCAACACUUCAGAACGCUCGUCUUUAUUAAAUUCAAAUGAUCAUAUAACAUAUUCCCCACCUAAGUGGAUCGGUGAUGUAUAUGUUUUAACUGGUGGUUACUAUAGUAUGGUUCUACUGGAUAAACGUAUGCCUAAUCGAACUGUAUUACAUUGGUCUCAUAAUCUUACAAAACCGUUGGCGUAUCUUACUUGGACCGAAAUAGAUAAGCAUUAUCGUUCAACGCAUGAUAUCCCACAAUUUCUUAUUUCUAUGACUUCUCAAUACCCCGCAGAUAUGUCUACAUUUGGAUUGGAUUUCAAUUCUUUCUCAGGUCCCCAGUAUAUUGGCCCGUGUCUAUCCGGGACGCCACUAACAAGUUUGGUUUCAUCAUUUCGAUCUAAUGAUCUCUUUCAAUUCUACAAUCAAAAUUCACUGCUUAAGCGACGUUUACAAAGUUCUAUUUGCGGAAUUACAACACAUUAUUCACCAGACGAUACAAAAAAACAAUUUCAUACAUUGUUACUCACACCAUAUGGAGAUCUAUUCGAUUAUUGUGCUUAUCUGACAUCAGAUGGUAUUAAUAUUAAUGAUUAUGACAUUGUAGAGAGCUAUCAAGUCAAAAGUCAAACAAUUAUUACAAAUUGGUUAUCUGAACUUAGUUGCGAACCUGAGAAUAAACAGCAUGUUAAAAAUUCUGAAGAGAAUGCAAAGUUAUACAAACAGUCGGAGCUCAAAUAUCAUACAGGCACUUUAAACCUAAACAAUAUUGUUUCUGAACGGAGACAAAGUGUUACAAAUAAAUUGAAUAACGAGUCUAUUGGAGAGGAAAGUACCACUGAUAGUAAUACUAAUAAUAAUGAUUAUUUCACUUUGAAGCGUCGCUUAAAUACAUCAGAAUCAUUUAAUAAUAGUUCAAUGGAAUACUCAAAAUGGUUAUUAAGUGAUUUAAAAUCAAUAUGGGAUUAUGAUCAAGGUGACAAAUUAAAAUAUGAGGAUCAAAAUGCAUUAGGAUUCACUUCAAUGUUUUUUGAUAGUUUAACGGAAAAUCGUAUGCAAGAGGAAAUGAUUCAUCAAAAACUAAUUACUAACAAUGAUUUAAAUGAAUUAUUAGAUCAACGUUUAAUUAAAUUUAAAAAGUUAUAUAUUGCUAAUGCUUUUACUAAAUCUGUAGGCGAUUGUAAUGAGAGGUGGCCAUGUAUGUUGACGCCAGUAUUGCCUGAAGAAUGUGUAACAUCGUUAUUUGAAUCUGAGUACUAUACUGCCGAAGAACUUUAAAAGUCUACUUAAUGUUUCGUACAUAUUAUAUAUAAAAAUAAGAUCUCGAAGCAAUUUAUUAUAUAUAUAUAUAUAUAUGUUGUACAUAACAAAGUGAAAAUAAAUGCACUUUUUUCUCUGU